GCAGAAUGAGGGGUAAACAAUGUGCAGACAGGCUCCUUCCUCGAAACUGCGAGGUUCACAACGAUUUUUACACCACAAAAUCCAUCUAAGCCCUACUUCAGACAGAAGUUCAUUCGGAGACCCUCGAUUCUUCUCGGCUAGAAUACUUCUAAUAGAGAGAGUCGACUGAGAAGUACGUCAGCAGAAGGGCUUCACUCGGUCCAUAUUAUACACCAUGUAUAGCUUCGGGGAAUAAUUGCAUCGACCCAAAUGGUUUGCCCUACUCGGGUUCCUAGUCGUAUUCCUGCUAGAAUUUCAUGCACAAGCUCAGGAGCCCUCAUUCUCACUCAGCAUCAGCUCCAGUGACCCUCUUUUGCCGUGUGUUUAUCGAGGAGAUCCGUACUUGAACGGCGAAACGUGGGCCGUAGACGAAUGCACUACCUGUUCCUGUGAUAACGGUACAACUACCUGUGUGAUUGAAAGUUGUCAACCAGCAUUCUGCGCUUCACCAGUUAAACCCGAGGGAGGAUGUUGCUACGUCUGCCCAUACAAUGUCCUGGUGAAGAAAGUCCGGCCUGAAAUCACAAGCAGAGAUACAUUCACAGAGGGAGGGAACAAUCAAGUAAGCGUUGAUGUUUCCAUCAAGUUUCAUGAUGCUAUGGACACCACCGGAGUCUCAGGAGAAGACCUUUGGAAGCUUUCUGCUUGGGCUUCAGCCACCCCAGACGGCAAUGGACCAAGGAUUGGAUUCGAAGGGGACAUUCUAGAUCUGAAACAAAAAGACCAGUCCUUAAAUGGAAGAGAAAAAAUCAAGUUUACCAAUCUGGACUUCUCCUUUUCCGACCCAAUGGCCGAAUGCGUAGACAUGAAGUAUAUCUGUGUGAGGAUCGAGAGGGGAGAUAACACAUUUACCACUGGUUUCCUUGACUAUACUUUAGGAGGAUACCCAGACUCCAAUGCACAGACUGGUUGUACAAGAGCUCCAGAAUGUCGACGUAGUCAAGCUGAGGGGUCAGACAGCGUCAGCUCCGGCGAGGGUCUUUUGCCAUGUGUUUAUCGAGGAAUGCCGUACUUGCACUCCGAAAAGUGGGUUGUGGACGAAUGUACCACCUGUGCCUGCGACAAUGCUAGUACUACAUGUGUAAUUGAGACUUGUCAGCCAACAUUCUGCGAUACGCCAAUAAAACCUGAGGGAAUAUGUUGUAACAUUUGCUCGUACAAAGUCCUGGUGAUGACAGUCCUGCCUGUUAUCACAUACAGAGAUACCAUUGUAGAGGGAUGGGACAAUCAAGUUAGCAUUGAUGUUUCCAUCAAGUUUCAUGAUGCUUUGGGCACCACUGGAGUUUCCGGAGAAGACCUUUGGAAGCUUUCUGCUUGGGCUUCAGCCACUCCAGACGUCAAUGGACAAAGGAUUGGAUUCGAAGAGGACAUUUUAGAUCCGACACAAAAAGACCAGUACUUCAGCAAAAGAGGAAAAUUCGAGUUUACCAAUCUGGACUUCUCAUUUUCUGAAUGCAAAGACAUGGAGUAUAUCUGUGUGAGAAUCGAGAGGGGAGAUAACCCAAGGACAACUGAGAACCUUAACUAUACUUUAGGAGGAUACCCGGACUCCAAUGCACAGACAGGUUGUACAGAAGCCCCAGAAUGUCGACACGGUCGAGGUACUUUUUUCAGUUCGCUACUGUCGAAAGUACUUCAGGAAGCUCGUGGAAAGAUGAUUAUGAAUGUAUUCAUUUCCGGUUCUGAUUGCUGAUUACCGAUGUAGUUCACCAUUGUCUUUAACUUUUUUGAUCAUCCAAUAACCUUCGUAACAGUGUAUAGCUGAAUUAACACUGAAUUUGUAAAACUGUUCGGACCAAUUAACAAAUAUAUAUAAACAAAUUAUGCCAGAGAGUUCAAUAUAAUCUCAACCUUGUUUGCCAGUUUAUGCAUUCUAUGGCAAUAAUCAUGAAAGUUCGUGUAUAAGUGAUUUAUAAAUGAAUCAAUUUAUAGAGUGCGUAUAAUACAAAAAAGCGGGACUUGAAAAAGUCAUGGGAAUUAAUAAAAAAUACAUCACAUUUUUUUCCUAUACAUUCUCGGUGUUGGCUAUAAUGUACAAUUAAUCGUAAAAAUCGAGUGUACGAUUAAUCGCUAACGUGUAUGUUACAUGUCCCUUAUGUUACCGUCCUUGAUGUUUGCGAAAGGUGGGUAUUGCCGCUUUCAGUGACUCGCUGGUUCGGAUCAGGCCUGGGCUAAGUCGUACAAUUUUUAGUUAAUGAAUGGCGUGGGCACUAAUAUCCCGCGUCAGGUUCCGGGCUAUUGCGGCGGUGAUUACGGCAAAAAUGCAUUUCUGAUAUAUAGAACAGCCACAUUCUUUUCCGAUUUUUGGAGCCUCCAUUGCAUGGCCCUGCGAAGCAGGGGUGUUGGGACGGUGUGCUGAAGCACGUCCAAGAUAAGAUUUUCUCAGGCGGUGCUGCGUGUAUUAUUUUCCAUAUGCAGCCAUGGAAUUUCGGCAGAUGUGUCACAUUAGGCAGAUGUAAAGUAAAAUAAGAUUUUGCGUAGAAAUCCCCUUUUUUGCUUGUCUGAUUUCGUGGGAUCAAAACGACCUUCAUUUUGUAGGGAACCUUUUUUUUUUUUGCUUGUCGACGUUAGUUCAGCCCCCAGCAAAAUAAUCAUUCCCAGGACCAUGCUCCAUGAGACAAAAAUAACCCCUGCAUUGGCGCUCGAGUGAGUGUUUGGGCAAGGAAACAAAUGGAAAGGGUAAUGGUUAUCUACAAAGCAAUGUUCUCAGCAAAAAUCCAUGUGCUCUUCAUGAUUAAUGUCUACUUUUAUAACUUUCCAAGUUUUGCACGAAUCAUUUAAAAAAUAUUGCUCACUUACGGGGAAAGAUUUUCGAAAGUUACAUCCCCAUUCGCUUAAAAAGAACUGGUCCAAUGUAUAAAUAUGGAAAAAGCUUUACGAUAUCACACAUAUAUUAUUUCAUGGGAUUAUUCCAAAGUGUAUUUUUUACACGCACUAUACAUUCAUGACAUGAUAUAAAAGUGUAUGCCCUAAAACAGUUACGAUAUGGAGGACAUGACAUUGAAUUGUGUUAUACAUGAUAAACUUUGCGAUUUUACAUGAAAAAUCAAUUCUAUCGGGUGCUCUCUCGCGUCGGGUGCACAAGAACUGACGAAAAAAAUAUCACCUCCGCCUUGCCUUCUAUGGUCAUGCGUACUCAUCUUCCUCUUUCUCAAUCCAUUUUUUUAAAUGUCACUACUAUAUUAAAACAUAUAUAUAUAUAUCUUUAUGUAUCUCUUUGUUUAUAUGUAUGUGUUUCUUUAAUGCAGAAUUGCUAUAUCUUUUAUAUCUUUGGUACUAUUUUAUGUCUUCCAUUUCUGCGGUUGUUACAAAGGCGAUCUGUGCAAAGAAUAUUAAAGUAAAAAUAUGUUUUCAAUUAAUUAGACAUACAAUAUAAGAAAUAAUCAAAACAUAAAACAAAAGGUGGAUGUGGGAAAAAAUUCCAUGCAAUCAAUACUUAUAAUCAGUGGCGUAAUGCCCCCCCCC